CGCUCAAAUUUCUAAUCCAAGAAUUAUCAUUAGUUGUAGCAGUAGUGGUUGUUGUUCAGUUUUUGUUGAUCUAGAAACGGAUCUUGGGGUUUUGAAUACGUUUCCGUACCCGGAAGACCCUCUUUUUUGGUGCCACAUCGAAAGGUUAGGACGUAGUUAUGGUGUGCCAAGCAGCAAGUCAAACAAGAUUCCGGGCAUUGAAGUAUGAAAAUGGUAUUGCAGGGAGUGCCACCAUUGUAGUUAGAGUCAUAGCAUGCUUUCAACCUCUUCAAGAUUGCCAGGCUGAAUAUUUCCGUCAUUUGCUUAAGCCAGUUACGUAGGCUGCUUUUUACGUUUUCGCGUUCAAGUUAAGCUGGAAUUUUUAGUUCUAUUUUCCACUUUGGUUUUGAAAGAAAUUGCUUGUAAACUGCCAUUUCCACUGCUACAGCACUCGGUUUCUGGUGAUUGUUCUUGUUCAAUGGGAGAAGGCUGUAGAUCUGGGUUUCCUCAGCCGCGAUUUGAUUGGCAAUCACCCAUCUCGAACUCUUUGCCUGCUCCACUUCCUUUUGGGCUGCAAAGUACUAAUCCUCCAUUCAUAAACUUUGGUACCAAUAUGGUGUCCUCUGCUGGGACUUUGCCUGUUUAUGUGAAUCCGGAAUCACCUUUCUCGCGGGUUAGCCAAGGUUAUGAACCUCGUGGCUGGUUUUACUGUUUACCCCACUUUCAACAGGUCCUUGAGCCUGCUUUAAACUCUUUUGUGAAAGAGCAACCCCUAGCUAAUGCAUAUGACAAUUGCAAAGAAAGUGGUACUGGUAUCCUCAAAGCAGGGCAUGGGGUUGCAGAGAAGAGAUUUCUUGUUUUCGAUCAGUCUGCCGAUCAAACUACCCUGAUUUUUAGUUCUUCAUUUGGGACUCCUACCAAGUGCCUUACUUCUUGGGGCCAAAAAUCUCCUGUUGCUGGUAACUUAAACGGGGAAGAUCCCAUAGCUAAAGUAAAUGGGAAUAUUCAUUUUGGACCAAUAUCUACAGAUAUAUUUGAUGAAAAUGGGACUGAUGUGCAAAGUGAAAUGCACGAGAACACUGAAGAACUCAAUGCACUGCUUUACUCAGAUGAUGAUGGUGAGUUUACUGAGGAUGAUGAAGUUACGAGCACGGGUCAUUCUCCUUGUACAAUGACUUCUGCUCAGGAUGAGCAAUGUGAGGGAAGAUGUGAAGAGGUUGCUAACUCUACAAGGCUAACUAAGAAACGAAAGCUGCGUAAUGGAAGUAACAGUUAUUCACCGUUGCUUAUGGACACUGCUAAUUCAGGGAACCCUAACAAAAUUUCAGAAUACGAGGAUGAUGCAGAAUCCAGCUGCGCCAAUGGCCAAAGUCCUAGAUCAGUAGACACCGAUUCUUCUUUAGGCAACAAGAGGAUGAGAAAGGAUAAAAUCCGUGAUACAGUGAGGGUUUUGCGAAGCAUAAUUCCAGGUGGAGAGGGAAAAGAUACAGUUGUGGUUCUUGAUGAAGCUAUUGACUACUUGAAAUCCUUGAAACACAAAGCCAAAACCUUGAGACCUGGUACUCUAUGAACUGCAACUGUUCAUAAAAGUAGUAUCAGUGGUAGCUUCUGCCAUUGUUAAUGGAGCUGUAUGAAAUAAGUGCAGACAACCAGUUAAGUUGGGAAACCAGUAGAAUUGGCUUGAAGUCUAAGCCUAUUUGCUAAAGAAAUCAGGAAUACUGCUGUGUGUAUUAUGGGCCAAUAAAGUAAGGUAAAGCAUUAGUCAACAUCUUGGGGUUUAGAGAAAGUAAAACUCCCUGCUUCGAUGUGUGAAAGGGAGGAUUGAUU